AAAUUUAAAUAUUUAUCAGUUUUCUAUACUUUGCAUGCAUGCAGAAUCCACAAGGAAUCUGUUAAAAAUAUAAAAUACAUGCAUCCGUUACUAUAGUUUGAGUCAAUCUGUAAAAAAAAAUUUAUAUGCAUAAGUCCCGGCUUAUAAUGAAUAUUGCUUUCUUUCCAACAGAAGGAGACUCAAAUUAUGAUCACUAAACCCUAAGCAAUUAGACCUAGCCUCACGGUUUCUAAUAAUUUCUUAUGGUUUCUUGUAAUUUGCAUGAGUUCAACAAUUUUUACUAAUUUUGGUUUCUGUCCGCCUCAAGAGGUGUCCAGGAGAACAGAGUCAGGUCAGCUGAAAUCACAAGGAUGGAUGCACUACAAGGUUUCAACACAAUGGAGUAGCCUCUCAAGUGAAAAGUGUCAAUGCGAGCAUGUUUGAGUCUCUGAAUGUAUGCACCAGAAGCAUGUCCAGAAGGGGUCGGGGAAGGUCAAAAGGUGGCUGGUCACCUGAGAGGAGAAAACGUGAACGAAAAUACACUACAAAGGAAACAAAUGUGCAGACAGAGCAGGUUGAAGUUACUAAGCUCCCAAGCCUUUGUACUUGGGCCGUUAAGAAAAAAAGAGCUACAUCAUGUCCAUCAUGUUCAGCACAAUUUGUUAAAAGUGUCUACCCAUCGCCUUCCACUAUUGCUGUUGCAUACCCUCAGCUUUUAACAUAUGUAGAACCAUAUUCUUUCCCCUGCCAGACUGGAGUUCAGAAUAGUGACAAGGACAGCGCAAUACUAUAUACAGAUGAGAUAGAAGGUCCCAAUACACCACCACAGCCUAUUAUGAAAAAGAGAAAAGUUGAUUUUUUAGUCGCACCAGUUUACAUUAUCCCGAUAGCUGAAAGCUAUUCUAAAGUAAUAUUUCCACAACCCUCUUUUGUAGGAAAUUGUGAUUCAAGUGAAUUUAAAAUCCAAGGGUCUGAGAUUGUAUGUGAUUCUGAAAAUGUAAAUGGGAACCAACAUUUGCUUGUUAAUGUUUCUUCUAAUACUGAGUUAUUUGAGCCAAAUGGUGAGUGGCGCAAAGCAUUGACUAAUUUGAUAGGUGAGAGUGUUGAUUCUGCUCUUACAAAAAAUGAUGCCAUUCUUGAUAUUUCAACUCGGGCAUCAGAUGUUGAUAUCUGUCAUAGAAAAAUGUCACAAUCACUCAGUUGUGUAGGAAUUAGUCAAGCAAGUGCAUUGCCAGUCGAAAAAACUGAAAUGAUCUGUUGUUAUGAAAAAAUAACUGGAGAUCGGCAUCCUGUUGUUAAUGUUUUGCCCGAGGCACAGUUAUUUGAGUCAAAUGACGAUUGUCACAAAACAUCAGGUAAUUUGACUAAUGAGAAUGUUGAGCAUGCUUCCACAAAUGAAGGUCCUGCUUCCAUAAAUGAGGACGUGUUACAUAUUAGUAAUUCUUCAAGUAUUACCAGCCACAGGAAAGCUGGAUCAAAGAAUUUAGCAACUAUCACUGACUCGUUGACCACAUCAGCUUGGCAAAACAAUAUACAAAAUCAACUACUUGCAGGAAAUUUUGUACCUAAUUUCUGCAUGCAUGAAAGUGCUGGGCACUCAAAGGAGAAGCAGGCCAAUUUACUCACUUCUGACCUUUCUUCCACGUCAGCCUCACCAACUUUGGGAGAUAAUAAUGCCGUUCAAGACCAAACACUCCACUUACAAUUUAGAUCUGGUCUAAUAGCAGCUGAGCAAGAACAUGGUCAUGAGAUUGACUCAAACAGAGUUCCUACCCAAAAGCCAAAGAAGAAAAAGCAUCGUCCUGAAAUUCUUAAGAAUGCUAGUUUUGUUAAAAAGUCAAGGUCAAAGAUCAAAGCGAAUAGUACUAUUAGCAAACUUCCAAAGGGGAAGAACUCAAAAGAGAAGCAGACCAAUUUACUCACUCCUGAGCUUUCGUCCACGGCAUCUUCACCAACUUUGGGAGAUAAUGAUGCCUUUAAAGACCAAACACUCCAUUUACAAUCCAGAUCUGGUCUAUUAGCAGAUGAGCAAGAACAUGGUCAUGAGAUUGACUUAAAUAAAGUUCCUACCCAAAAACCAAAGAAGAGAAAGCAUCGUCCUAAAAUUCUUAAGGAUGUUAGUUUUUUCAAAAAGUCAAGGUCAAAGAUCCAAGUUAGUAGUACCAGUAGCAAACUUCCAAAGGGGAUGAACUUCAGAGGUAAUCAGUGCCAGGAAAAAAUUCCAACAUUUAAUAAAGAAGCCCUUAAGAAUUCAAACGAAUUAGUUUCAUUUGACUCUAUGACUAAUGUAAACUCUACUACAAAUGGAGAAAUGUUGGGUUCUUCAGAGGUUUUAAGAUUUCAAAGUGAUCGUUGUCAGAGUAGAGUAUUUGUACAAAACAAAAAUAAUGAUAAAGAGUUGAUUUCGCGCGUUGCUUAUGAACAAGCAAAAUUGAUGCUAGGGACAUUUGGAAACCAUGUGAAAAGUAUAGAUGAAGGGUUUUCUAAAAAUUUUAGUUCAGCUAUUUCACAAAAAAAAAGGAAAACCAACUUAAAAGUCCUCGCACGAAAAAAGAAGAAAUCAAAAAUAAAGGAUCUUGCACGAAAAAAGUUCACUAUCUCAGAAAAACACAUAGAAAAUGAGGAGAAUGCAAGUGCUCUCACAAUGCAAAUAGUGUCUAUGAACCCCCUUGUUAAAUUCAAAGGGAAAAGGUCUCCUCGGAAGAAAUUAGUUGUUAGUUCUCAAAAUGCUGAAAAUAAUUCAUGUCCAAUAAAUCCAACUGUGCUAUGCAAAAAUAGAUCAGCAAUGACAGUAGACACUGUUCAUAAUCAUUGGCAGGGUAUCAGAGUUGGUUUUCAAUCACAAAUUAUAGCUGAUUCGAAAAACAAUGAGCAUGCACUUUGUGCCGAUAUUAUAUGUUUAUCUAAAAAGAAUAGUCAUGAACAGGGACGCAAGAUGGUUUCUGAACAUAUUAUUCGUGAUUGCCAGAGCAGCGACAAGUUUCUAGAUACAUUGGAUGCAAUUCAAGAGAGAUUGAAAAACUUGAAAUUUGAUGAGGAUCAGGUCUACACUACACAGUUACACAACAGGAAAGAAAUGAUACCUCUUGAAAGAAAAGAUGAUUUGAUUCCUAGUGCAGAAUGCUUGGCCUUAAUCCCAUAUGAGGACUCUUUGGAAACAUUGAAGACAAAAAAAUUUCGACCAAAAGUUUUACUAAAUUCAGAGACAAAGAUAGAUUUUAAUCUUUUAACAGGGAAGGAAGGGGUUGAGAAUGAAAUAUAUGAUGAUGAGAAAGAAAAGUUGAAUCAAGAGAGAAAUAUAUUCAAAAACAGGGCAGAAAGUUUCAUAGCAUGCAUGCGUGUCUUGCAAGGAAAUCGCCAAUUCUCACCUUGGAAAGGAUCAGUUGUUGAUUCCGUUGUUGGAGCAUUCCUAACUCAGAAUGUUUCUGAUCAUCUUUCAAGCUCGGCAUUCAUAUCCCUCGCUUCACGAUUUCCUCGUGUUGAAAAUACUAAAUUUCAUGAGGAAAGAACUCCCAGUGAUUUGGGUCUUAGUAUUGAGCUCCCACAAAAUUCAAGAUCAACUCUCCUUGACAAGGGUUGUGAAUCAACCAUCUUACGAACGCAUACAGCAGUACCAGAUGUAUCUGUAGCAUCAAUUGAAAAUUUGCAAGCAGAAAAUGAGACAAGAAAUGUUAAAUUUCAUAGGGAGAUGACUUCAGAUGAGGUAGGUUUCAAUAUUGAGCUCCCUCAGACUCCAACAUGUAGGCUCCCUGACAAGGUCUGUGAAACAAAUUUGUUACAGAGGCAUGACACCACACCAGAAUUAUGUGAAAAAUAUGUCCAAGAUGAUACGAUAGACAAUGGUAUGGGUAAUACUAUAUUUCAAGGGGAGAUAGCUCAAGAGGACCUUGGACUUGAUGGAAAACCCCAAGUGCUACCUGAUAUAUGGCAAAGUGAUGAAACUUCAAAAUUAGAUGAUGGUUGGAGAAGUGUUCCAGUUGAAAUGACUAAUGAAAGAUUGAUGCAUACACACUCUGAGCACGAUCAUGACCAUUCCCUAGCAAGAGAGGAGCCUUCUCAUAAAAAGAAAAUCAGCUACCAUUCCCUUGAUCUAGCCCUUCCAUACACUUUCCAUCAAAGAUCUUGUCAAGCAAGAAAACAAGCCCAUGUUGUUUCUGAUUGUCAGUGUAGUUCAAUUGCAAGUGAUGCUCCCGUGCAUGAUGUUUUUGAUUCAAAAGUUCCAAAACAUCCUCGAAGUAAUAGGAGACCUGGUUCUACCAAUGAUCCUAUCAGUAGAGCUAAUCAUAUUAAAAAUCUUAUCAGCAGAACUUUUUAUAUUAGAGAUUCUAUCAGUAAAACUAGUGGCAUUACUAGAGCAGCUAUGGAAAUGAGCCAACGAAAUGGCAAGAAGAAAUUAGAUUGGGAAUCUAUAAAAAAAAAUGCCAAGGAGUUAAAUGAUUGUGCAGUUAAAAAAGAAAGGUGUCCAAAUAGCAAUGAUUCUGUAAAUUGGGAUGCAGUUAGAUGUGCUGAUCUUGAAGAUAUUGCAGAUGCCAUCAAGGACCGUGGAAUGAACAAUGUUCUUGCUGGAAGAAUUAAAAGUUUUCUUGAGAUGCUUCAUACAGAGCACGGAAGCAUUGACCUUGAGUGGUUGAAAGAUCUCUCACCUAAUGAUGCUAAAAAUUUUCUUCUAAAUGUCCGAGGAAUAGGGAUCAAAAGUGUUGAAUGCAUUCGUCUCUUGACACUUCAGCAACUGGCCUUCCCUGUGGAUACAAAUGUUGCACGGAUAGUUGUACGUCUUGGAUGGGUUCCUCUUGCUCCACUCCCAGAAAGUCUUUUGAUACAUAAGUUAGAGGAGUACCCUUAUUUGAACAGUAUCCAUCAGUAUUUAUGGCCACGACUGUGUACUCUUGAUCAGCGGACUCUUUACGAACUUCACUAUCAGUUGAUUACAUUUGGAAAGGUUUUCUGUCAAAAAAGCAGGCCAAAUUGUAAUGCAUGUCCAAUGAAGCUUAACUGCAAGCACUUUGCAAGUGCUUUUGCGAGUGCACGAAAAGCCCUUCCAGCUCCAGUUGACAAAUCAUUAUCAAUGCCAAUUUCUUCUUUCGAUCCACAAUCUCAGCAAGAUUCUUAUCCCCUUAUUCCACUUGCUCUGCCUCCAAUAUCUUCAUUUGAUAUUCUUUCUCAGCAAAAUCCAUAUACCCUAGAUUUGGCCAAUAUUUCUGUGAGGCACCUAUCAACAUCAAUGCCAACCUGUGAACCUAUUAUUGAAGAGCCUUCAUCUCCAGAGCGUGAGAGCAUAGACAGUUCAGCAGAAAGUGCACCGCAUGAUUCAUUUGAUAUGGAUUCUGAAGAAAUUCUCAGUAUCAAUUUGAACUGUAAUGACAAUGCAUUACAGAUAUACAAAUCUUCAGAGAGUGGCACCCAACACUUAGAUGCAACAGACACAUCGACAGCUUUAGUAGUUGCACUGCCUGAGUAUGCUUCAAUACCUUUACCUAAGCUAAAAAAUAUUAGUCGACUUCGGACUGAGCAUCAAGUAUAUGAGAUUCCAGAUAAUCAUCAGCUUCUGAGUGAGUUUGACCCAAGAGAACCAGAUGAUCCUUGCUCUUAUCUUCUAGCUAUAUGGAGUCAAGAUGAAAAAGUAGAAAGAGUGAUAACACCAGAUUCAUGUUGUACUUUGAAUGGAUCACAUGAACAUCAAUGUGAACAAGAAAGUUGCAGCUCCUGUACAACUACAAGAGGCAUUAACGACGACAUUGUCAAGGGCACAGUAUUGAUACCUUGCAAAACAGCAAUGAGGGGGCAUUUUCCAUUAAAUGGAACUUAUUUUCAAGUUAAUGAGGUGUUUGCUGAUCACAGAACAAGCUUGCAUCCAAUAGAAGUACCUAGACAUUGGAUUUGGAAUUUGCGACGAUGCACAGUAUACUUUAGUACAUCAAUUCCCAGUAUAUUUAGAGGUCUUGACGCAGAAGCAAUCCAAGAGUGUUUCUGGAAAGGGUAUGUUUGUGUAAGAGGGUUUGAGCGUAAGACACGAGCUCCACGACCACUUGUUGUAAGGUUACACUUCCCUGCAAGUAGGAAAGAUAAAGAUCAAGACAAUGAUGUAAAGUACAAGAAAGAAGGCUGACUGUAGUGAAGCUUCAAUAUACUAAAACGAAAAGGAUUGAGAAUGGAACUUGUGUUAUAGCAUACUGAUGCGGGACAGGGAAAGGUUUAAAGCAUAAAUGUAACAAAAAAUUCAAAGAGUAUCCAUAGAAAGUUCAUCAUUGAGGUUAUAUGUAUGAAGAGGCUCGUGCCACUUUAAAAUUUUAUCCAUUUUCCAAUUUCCAAAUUUAUUAACUCGUUAAGAAAGGAAUAUAGUUCACCACAGAACACAUUAUCAUUCAGUUAUCCAGCACCUCAUUGUGCUGAGUUAUAAUUUUAUGACUAUACUAGGCAUAGGCUCAUUUCCACAUUUUUCAGUGA